AUGCUGCAGAGCAAGUCAUUCGUCAGGAAAACAAAGCAAGGCAAAGUAAUUAAGGUGGUGAGGGAACACUAUUUGAGAGAUGAUAUAUAUUGUGGAGCUCCAUUUUGCAAUGUGUGCGAUGUUUCAGCAGCGAGGCUGAGCUCCAAUGCCUCCACUAUUCUCAUUGUUGAUACUAAUGUUGUCCUCCAUCAGAUUGAUUUGUUGGAAAAUCCAGCGAUAGAGGACGUGGUGGUGCUAUCCAUUGUGUUGGAGGAGGUCAAGAACAAGAAUCAUGUUGUAUAUAAUAGACUUCGAGCCCUUUGCAGCAAUCCACUACGAAGGUUCUUCGUGUUUUCCAAUGAAUACCACAAGGAUACAUUUGUGAAAAUUGAAACUGGUGAAAGUCCAAAUGAUAGGAAUGAUAGAGCUAUUCGGGUGGCAAGCCUAUGGUAUCAGAAUCACCUUGGUAGUACUGUGCGAGUCCUCCUUAUUACAAAUGAUAGAGAGAACAAGAGGAAGGCAACCAAGGAGGGCAUAUCUGCAGAGACAGUUGAAUCAUAUGUAAAAUCACUUGGUCAACCAUCAUUGCUCGACCUGAUUGUUCAGCCUCCCUCUGAAGAUGUUGCAAUGGAGGAUGUCGAAGAUUUGAGGCCCUCAAAGAGAAAAGUAAUAUAUCCUGAGCAUAAGCCCAUGUCAGAAAUUACUGCUGGUUUGCAUCGUGGAAUUUACCACCAAGGGAAACUGCGUGUUAAUCGUUUCAAUCCUUUUGAAGCGUAUGUUGGAAGUGAAAGUAUUGGUGAGGAAAUCAUUAUAUGUGGGCGUGCGAACAUGAAUAGGGCUUUUGAUGGUGAUGUAGUGGCCGUGGAACUUUUGCCUCGAGAGCAGUGGCAAGAGGAGAAGUCUCUUGUAAUAGCUGAUGAAGAUGAUGAGGAGGAAGAUGACGUUCAUUUACCUCCAAACAGCACUGAUGAUGCUCCUAGAUUCACAAAUCUGGUGCAGGGUUCUGCUGAUCACGAGAAUGCUAUGCCAGCUCGUCUCUCUGGGCGUGUUGUUGGUAUUAUAAAACGCAACUGGCACUCUUAUUGCGGAUCUUUGGAGCCAAUGCGUAUGCCAGCGGGCGACGGUAGUGUUGUACAUGCUUUAUUUGUCUCCAAAGAUCGGAGAAUACCCAAGAUUCGGAUUCAAACUCGACAGCUUGGAAAUCUACUUGACAAAAGAAUCAUUGUUUCUGUUGAUUCAUGGGAUUGCUUAUCUCGAUAUCCUUCUGGACAUUAUGUGAGAACAAUAGGAGAAAUAGGUGACCGAGAGACUGAAGUUGAGGUGGUGCUGAUAGAGAAUGAUAUAGAUGCCAGACCAUUCUCCUCUCAAGUUUUGGCAUGCUUGCCACCAUUACCAUGGUCAGUGACUUCUGAAGACUUAGCUAAUCCUGUUAGGCAGGAUCUGCGUCAUCUAAGUGUAUUUAGUGUGGAUCCUCCAGGGUGCAAGGACAUUGAUGAUGCAUUGCAUUGUACAACUCUUCCAAAUGGGAAUUUUGAAGUGGGAGUUCAUAUUGCUGAUGUCACUAAUUUUGUUCACCCUGGAACUCCCCUGGAUGAUGAAGCUGCACAAAGGGGUACUUCUGUUUACCUUGUUGAUCGACGGAUUGACAUGCUUCCAAAACCUUUAACAGAAGAUAUUUGUUCACUGCGUGCGGAUGUGGAGAGACUAGCCUUUUCUGUUAUUUGGGAAAUGACCCCUGAAGCAGAGAUCAUUUCUACAAGAUACACAAAGACCAUUAUUAAAUCAAGUGCUGCACUGUCGUAUGUUGAGGCUCAGGCAAGAAUGGAUGACAGUCGGUUGAUGGAUCCUUUAACUAGAGAUUUGCGAAAUAUGAAUGCUUUAGCAAAGGUAAUGAGACAAAGACGUAUUGACAGAGGGGCCAUAACUCUUGCUUCUGCUGAAGUCAAAUUUCAAAUUGAUACUGAAACUCAUGAUCCUCUUGAUAUUGGAAUGUAUCAAAUUCGAGAAGCAAAUCAGAUGGUUGAGGAAUUUAUGCUUGCUGCUAAUGUUUCAGUUGCUGAAAAAAUUCUGAAACAUUUUCCCCUGUGUUCGUUACUAAGACGACAUCCUAGCCCAACCAAAGAGAUGCUUGAACCUUUACAGCGUACUGCUGCUGCUGUUGGUUUCUUUUUGGAUGUGUCAUCUUCAAAAGCGUUGGCUGAUUCACUAGAUAGUGCUGUGGGUGAUGAUCCAUACUUUAAUAAGCUGAUUCGCAUUCUGGCGACGAGAUGCAUGACGCAGGCAGUGUACUUUUGUAGUGGAGAUCUCAGCCCUGCAGAGUUUUCUCAUUAUGGUCUUGCUGCACCUCUGUAUACACACUUCACUUCUCCCAUAAGAAGAUAUGCCGGAAUGUAUCAAAUUCGAGAAGCAAAUCAGAUGGUUGAGGAGUUUAUGCUUGCUGCUAAUGUUUCAGUUGCUGAAAAAAUUCUCAAACAUUUUCCCCUGUGUUCGUUACUAAGACGACAUCCUAGCCCAACCAAAGAGAUGCUUGAACCUUUACAGCGUACAGCUGCUUCUGUUGGUUUCUUUUUGGAUGUGUCAUCUUCAAAAGCAUUGGCUGAUUCACUAGAUCAUGCUGUGGGUGAUGAUCCAUACUUUAAUAAGCUGAUUCGCAUUCUGGCGACGAGAUGCAUGACGCAGGCAGUGUACUUUUGUAGCGGAGAUCUCAGCCCUGCAGAGUUUUCUCAUUAUGGUCUUGCUGCACCUCUGUAUACACACUUCACUUCUCCCAUAAGGAGAUAUGCCGAUGUCAUUGUACACCGCUUGCUUGCUGCAUCAUUGGGGACAACCAAGCUCCCAGAUAUAUUCCAAAACAGACCUCUGCUUACCAGUACUGCCGACAAUCUGAAUUAUCGUCAUAGAAAUGCACAAAUGGCUAGUCGAGCGUCAGUUGAACUACAUACGCUCAUUUAUUUCAGAAAAAUGCCCACAGAUGCAGAGGCCAGAAUAGUGAAAUUAAGAUCAAAUGGUUUCAUCGUUUUUGUUCCCAAAUUUGGUAUUGAAGGACCCGUGUAUUUGACGCCGGGAGGUGAAAAGACGGGAGAAUGGUUUGUUGACGAGCAACAGCAGAAGCUUAAGAAAACCGAUGGCGGUGUUUCUUAUAGUGUUUUACAGACAGUGAGAAUUCACAUUAAUGUCACAACGCCUCAACCUAACAGGGAGAAGCUCCAACUUACCCUUAUAUGA